CUCCGAGUGCCGGAAGUGACAAUCGCGAACUUUAGUCAAAUGCGGCAAUAUUGCGAAGUUGAUUGCUCAGCGACAAGAUACGCUUUUGCUUUUCCCCUUCGCUGUUCCCCACGACCUUGAUUGACACUCUUACUCGUCACAUAAACACGACUGCAGUCGAUUUUCUCCCAACCCCACCACAACCCCGCCAUGACCUCGCGAACGCUCAUUAUCGCGCCGCCCUCGGUUGCGGCGCACCCCGAGAAGUUGAACGGCAUAUACGAGAUCCAUGAUCGCUCCUCGACCGACUUGCAGAUGCUUGACCGCAUCGCGGCAGGCCUGGCAACCCUCCCAUCUUCCACAUACGACGUCGUCCUGCUCCUGACCGAUGCCGCUGGCACCUCGCGCGAAAGCCACGCACUCCUUGUCCGCGAUGUUAUGCACAAGAUUGUCGGUGCGCUGAAGGUCGGUGGAGUCUUCAAGAGCCAAGAUGGUGCACUGCAAGGCUCAGAGAAGACGGAGGCUAUCCUGGCAGGCCUCGUAGAGCACGCAGAGGGCAUGACGAAACCCGCGCAGGAGGAGCCAGUAUCGAUCCCCCUUAAGUUCGGCAGGAAGAAGGCCGCCAAUAGUGCAAAUGGCACAAAUGGCAUCAACGGCACAAGCACAAACGGUGCCGUACAGGAGGUCAAUGCAGACGGCUCUGUGCCGUUGAACUUGAACCGCAUCAACCUAAACGGCAAGCGACCUUCACCGGAGCCCGUUGCGAAGCCCUUAGGCGUGGGUUUCGUCGACUUCAGCGACGACCUCGACGAUCCCAUUAUCACAGGCGAGGACGACUACCUGAUCGACGAAGACGACCUCAUCACAGAAGAAGACAUGGCCCGCCCUGUCGUCCAGCCCUUCGAAUGCCUCCCCAAGCCCGGCAAGCGUCGUCGUGCCUGUAAGGACUGCACCUGCGGCAUGAAGGAGAAGAUUGAAGCCGAAGACGCUGCGAAGCGCGCAGACGCCGACAAGGCGCUCAACACGAUGAAAUUCGGCGCCGACGAUCUUCUCGAUGAAGUUGACUUCACAGUCCAAGGCAAGGUCGGCAGCUGCGGAAACUGCGCGCUGGGUGAUGCUUUCAGGUGCGACGGGUGCCCAUACAUCGGACUGCCAGCCUUCAAGCCGGGCGAGGAGGUCAGAUUGCUCAACAACGAUAUUCAGUUGUAGAAGAUUCGGUCAGUUUCGAGACAUGCAUGAAUGGCGUUUGGGAUAUACCUCAUGGAAGAAAAUAAUGUGGAGUUUAACGGUGACGGGCGUUGCAUGGACUGGGGUCGUUGCAUAUAGACAGACAAAACUAGAAUAAGAUUAACGACGUAUGAGACCUCACCUCGCCUUGUUGGAUCAUCUCAAAUUUGUCUUGCGAAGUGGAUAUGAGUAAACGUUUUCCGUAUCCUAAAAGCGCCAGUUACAAGUCAGCGUGUCCUACCUAGACAGACCGUCGGCCCGGAUUCAUGAAAGUACUACCAGCUACGAACCUAUAAU